AUGUCGGUGUCACUUGCGCUCAUAUCUCCGCGGAGAUCGAGAAAGAGGGCCGCCCCCACCGUGUCUAUCCUCAUCCUGAACGCCAUCUCCUCCUACGGGGGCUCACGCGGCGUGUCCCUGGUGGCCCUCAAGAAGGUGCUAAAGGUGAGCGGCUACGACGUGACCCGGAACCGAGCCAGGAUCCGCCUCGCUCUGCGCAGGUUGGUCGCCAAAAAAGUCAUCGUGCGCACCCGGGGCAAAGGGGUUUCGGGUUCCUUCAAGCUCAACCCCAAACCGCCCAGGGGUCGCAGAAGGAAAGCCACGAGGGGGCCGAGGAGGAGCAAGAGGAGGAGGAGGAGGGGAAGGGGGAAGAAGAGAAAGGCCCAAGGGGGGAGGGCCAGGAGGAGUCGCUCCAGGAGAAGACGCAGGAGGGCCACCCCUGCGAGAAAAAGGUCGACCGCGAGGAGGAGAAGAGCCCCGAGAAGGAAGACGCCGAAAAGAAUCAGGAGGGUCCGACGUAAACGCUCCAAGCCCGCCAAAGUCCGCAGGAGGAGGGUUAGGAUGAGCGGAAGGAUGUUGAAAUGAUCCACGGCAUCCGAAGAACCACAUGGACUAUGUAUUUAUAAAGCAAUAGUGUCUAUGCUAUCUUUCCUUCUGUAAUAGGAACUAAUAAUACUGCUGUCUCAGCACUUCUUUCCUUACUGUCCAUGUUGAGAACAAAAAUAAAACUCAUUUAACUCUGAAA